AUGGCCUGGCGACUCACAGACCAGCCAGUCAGUUGUUCUGGUGACGUAGAAGAUCUUAUGGUAGACGCUGCCACAGACAGAAAAGAGGCACUGAAAUACACACCGAUGAGUACGCAGCAUACUAGUCAAGAUCCUGGGGAUGGAAUAUGUGCAAAAGACUGUGAAUUGCAACACCCGCGGAUUGUAAACCCUCAUACGGGUGCUAUUGAAGGCAACUGGAAGCACUUGAUACAUGGAGUGAUUUAUAGGGGCCACAAAAAGGAUGAAUUUACAUCGAGAUUGUCGCGGACAUCGAUUUCCUACCCCCUCCACGAUCCUGGGUGCUACGCUAAAGUAUGGAGCAGGAGAAUCAGUCAGUCGAGGACCGCAGUUCGGUCAGUAAGUGCGAUGGCCACAUGUUAUCAAUCGUAUGAGUUAUCCUCUCCUCAGAGGACAGUGCAAGUGCCUAUACAGAAAGACUAUAUGAAACCUCUUCACGUGGAUUGCAGUGUAGAAUACGAAUUACCGAAUACGGCGAAACCGCCGCAAGGCGUUAGGAAUGAGCCUCUUCUGAUGAUCCAUCCCUGUUAUUUCAGGAAGAUCGAAAGCCAGAGGAGAAGUCCAUUCAUCAACAAUCUUCCACCUUCUAGGCCUCCGACAACGACCACUACAACGUCUGUCAAAAGGAGAAUGCCUAGAGGACAACAACUUCCUCAGCAAGUGCCACAACAAGCUGCUCAGUAUCCUGUUCAGUAUUCGACGACGUCAGACAGACAAAUAUGGGAGUUAAUGCCACCUUUAGUGCCAAUUACUUCGGCCGCUCAGCCUUAUUGCAAACGAGAACGUCUAAUGUCAGCCUGUGGACAAACCUAUACAUCGGGAAGUGAUUCCGGUCAUUGGCCAGAUCCUGAUCAUUCUCCAGAUCGCCCCGAAGAAAAACACAUCCUUUCGGGAAAAUAUAGGCAGUAUUUGAGGGCCCAUAGACUUCAUCCAUACGUUAGUUCAGCAAUUCCCUUAGGAACGACGUUUCCUCAAAUCCAGCAAGUUUGUUAUAAUGUCUGAUCACUGUGAUAUGUUAAUUCCGAUUCGGACUGGUCGAAUGCGGAACCAUUUGCCUCAUCUGUGGUUUCCAUAAUCUUCUUGUGAUAAUAGUGUGUAAUUAUGUGACGACGACGAAGGGCACUAGAGGCGCGUGCGCUUUUGUCCGGGCGUGGUAGUGAUCCUGAUAAAUCAGCUGUAGCUGUGCAUUUUAGCCUCCGUCUCCUUCAGGAUUUUUUUUUGUUUUCAUUGGAAUAUCAUCUAUAUUAUGUGAAUUGGAGUUGGUGGUAUAUGGGUGUUUCUGCCAUAUUUUUUUUGUGAACACUAUCUACCAAUCUAAUUUGAAAAAUUGAAUAAAAAGGUACCUACAAUGUAGUAUAUUGUUAACAACAAAUUCAAGUUUUUUAUUAAUAAUUAUGACAAUUGUUUUGCAUUUUUCAAACAGUACAUAGGUACAUAAGAUUCGCACUAGUUGGAAAAAAUUAACUAAAAAAGGCUUAGUAUCAAUUAAAAGGUGAGUUUUACGUUUACAUAGUUUAUUUGAUGAAGUUCUAGAAAUUUGAUAUUUAGGAGAUUAAAUUUUGCGAUUACUUAGUUUUCUUUCUUGUGGCCUAAAUUUUACUUUGCAGAAGAUUUAGAAAAAAAAAAGCGAUUUCCAGAAUGUAGAGCUGAAAUAAAUGUUAAUAUAUACUUUUUAAAUGUAAAUAUUAAACUUGUGAUUUUGGGAAGCAGUGUAAUUUUCAAAUUUUACUUAAAACUGAAUUUGAUAUUUUUCCCAACUAGUCAAAGUGAUUUUAGUAAUUUCAUACCUGCUAAAAACGUAGAUUAGAAAUUAUUAUAAUCAAACAUUUCAAUAGUGAUUAAAAAUUGUUUCAUCUUCACUUUCAAGUUAAUCGGGGGUUUAACAUUUUUUGAAAUCGUGGCGAUUAAAGUGUUUACGUAAGUCGUUUGCUUUUGCUAAUCAAUUCGCGAUAUAAUUGAGUAAUAUUUAAAAGGAAAUAUUAAAUAGCUCAAUUUGCUGACCUAGAAAAUUAUGCUGUUGAUGUUGACGUCCGACGGAAACGAUGUAGAAAUUAGAAAAUUAUUCCAAUGAAGUAAAAGAUAUAAUUUACACGAUAAAAUGGUACCAGUAUGUUGCCCUAUUAUACAGUUUCGCAAAUAUUAAUAAUUAAGGUACGCUCAUUAAAAUAAAAACAGUUAUUAGUUUCUUUUCAUUUUAUGAGUAACGUUUCAGCUAUUUUAAUUUCAUAUUCAGUGAUAUGACUAAUUAUUAGUAAAUGUUUAUUAUUAUUAUUAAGAGGGUUAGUAAUCAUAACAGCUGCUGAACGUGGGUUCAUAAUUAUUAGUAAAAUGGUUUUGGUUUUCAGACAUAGACACGACAAUGGAAAAUCAACAUUUUCAUUAAAAACUUUAAUAUUUUGAAUUUCAAACUAAUUGUUCUCUCAAAUUAGGUAUGUGAUAAUCAGAUUUAAAGUGAAAAUAAAUAUGAUGAAUAAAAUCAUUAAUAAACAUACUUCUAUAAUUGUAGAGUGGUUAUUCUUCAAUUAGAGUCAUUAAUUAUUAAUGCAUACUUACGUCAGUGGGUUUCUAGAAAACUUAUUAGUCCGAUAUUUAACUUUUACUCAGAAAUGAUGUGUUUAUAUUAAAUUUGCAAUGUAAAUAGUUUUCAGUAUAGAAAAUUAUGCAAUAAAAAGCUUUGUAAGCAGCUGGAAGAUCUUUGUAGAUAAAAAAAAAUGUAAAUCGGUUCAUAAUUGUAACUUUGGAAACUUAUUACUUCCACUUAGUAUAUUACUUAAUAUCAAAAUUUAUUUAAUAAUUAAAUUCUGAAGCGUAAUACAUCCAUUAUUUUGAUUUUGUAAUUACAAUUCAAUUUUUUUCAUCCUUUGGUAAAUGGUAGUUUGAUGUAAUACAAUAUUCUUGUGCAAUGGAUGUAAUUAACUUAUGAAAACUUUUAAGCAACGGGCCAAAUGUUUUUGAAAUAAUACAAGAAAUAAAAAUCUACAAAAUUGGAUGAACAGAAAUUUUUAAAAGAGAAUAAAAAUAUUAUUAAGUGAAGUAUUGAAAUAAUUUUUUAUAUCACAGUAUUAAUGAAAUCUAGUGAUGCAAAUUUGAAUAAUAUUAAUAUUUUUAUCAUUUAAAAUUUUAGAAAAUUCGCCACGACUUUUCAGGAAAUUAUUUGGAAUUAAAAAGACUGUCAAAAAUCUAAAUUAUUUCUCUACUAGAUAUCUUACAUUCUCUGAAAUUUUAUAAUUGUAUUUUAUCCCGAAAUAAUCUACAGUUAGAUCGGUAUAAUUACGAGCCUUAAUAAUAUAUUCUAAUUUGGGAUUGCAUGUAAUAAUUAAAUAAAAAAAAUUAAAGUUCCACAUUUUCGUUUCCAAAACCAAAGAAAUGUUAUAAAUUACGUAAAUAAUAUCUGUUGUUUUGUCUUUUCGUAUUUUAAAGUUAUAAAAAUAUUAUGGAAUGCUUUACCUUACUUUUCAUUAAACAUUUCUAAUUAUAUAAGUCAAAUUUCAUUGAAAUAAUCCAAUUUUCAGCUUUCAGCAAACUUUAUGAGAACCAAUUCAAAUACAGAUAUUCUUUUUCAAUUUAUCAUUAUUAAAAAAGGAGAUAACAUUGUUUGAGGUAUUGGAAAUCAUAUUUUGAAAACGGGACUAUCUCUCUAGAAUCUGCAACGUUGAUAUAGUUUCUGAUCCCACUCCCAAAUACUGGAUGUUCAAGAAACAGUAGAUUUAAGUAAUUUCCCUGUCCGUUAUCAGUCAGCUGUUGUGUAUUGAGAAUUAGCAAAAAAAGCUUUCGAAGUAUAUCCUAUGUCUUUCAUCAUAACUUAGGCUAGGUAUAAAUUAAAAAUACACCAAAAAAAAAAA